AGAGACAUAUUUGAAGCAGUCGGACUUAAUCGCUACUUAUUUCCCCAUGGUGUUCUACCAACUGGUCCAGAGAGAGGUAUAAUUGAGGUUGUACCUAAUACAAGAAGCAGAACUCAGAUGGGUGAAACAAAUGAUGGUGGUUUGUAUGAAAUUUUUCAACAAGAGUAUGGACCUGUUGGCUCUCCUAGUUUUGAAGCUGCACGUGAAAAUUUUAUAAUUAGCAGUGCUGGGUAUGCAGUGGCCAGCCUUCUGCUUCAACCAAAGGACAGACAUAAUGGCAAUCUUUCUUUUUGACAGUGCAGGGAGGCUUGUUCACAUUGAUUUUGGUUUCAUCUUUGAAAUUUCACCUGGUGGAAAUUUGCGGUUUGAGAGCGCACACUUCAAGUUGAGCCAUGAGAUGACUCAAUUACUUGAUCCAUCAGGUGUUAUGAAGAGUAAAACCUGGAACCAGUUUGUCAGCUUAUGCGUGAAGGGAUACCUUGCUGCCCGCCAUCACAUGAACGGAAUCAUCAGUACGGUUUUGCUGAUGCUUGACAGUGGAUUGCCUUGCUUCAGCAGGGGUGAUCCUAUUGGAAAUCUGCGGAAGAGAUUCCAUCCUGAGAUGAGUGAACGUGAGGCUGCCAAUUUCAUGAUCCGGGUGUGCACGGAUGCAUACAACAAGUGGACGACUGCCGGCUAUGACUUGAUACAGUAUCUUCAGCAAGGCAUCGAGAAGUAGAGGAGAAUACAGGAAAGCUCAUUUUCAAGUGUACAUUUUUGUUUGUAAUUUUCCCUUCCUCUAUUUUUUGUUUUGUUUAUCUAGUAGCAAUUUUUCCUUGGGAAUUCUAGAAACGGGAAUCGUGUAGUCAAAAUAUUGAGGAAGAUAAAGUAAAAUAGAGUUGUUUGU